AUGAGCAAGCAUACGAACUUUAGACGCCACAGGAUGGGUGGUCAUGAUGCGGAAGAGCUGAAGAACUUCUGGGAAAAGGUCAUCCAAGAGCAAACUAAGCAACAAGAAGCUGAAGAGUCUAGGCUAAGCAAAAGUGCCCUGAACAAGCUUCGCCAGGAAUGGACUCUCCGGCUGGAAGGUCGAGUAAGGCAGGUCCAGGCGCACAUGAAAACACGGCAGGAACAAAUGACACCACUGUCUAUCGAGGCUCUUCCCUCACCAGAUAAAACUGUUGCUUAA